AUGAUAGGAAAUGGACCACCUCUUUUUACUGGAAAAGCUGGAGAAGAUCCAUCAGAUUGGGUCUUAGAAUUUAAGAGAUUUGUAAUUGCAUCUCGAAUAAAUGUUAUAGCUGGUGCAGGAGGAGUUGCUGGUAGAGCAGAAGCAUAUAAUUUAGCUAUAUCAUGUAUGGUUGGCGAAGCAAAAACCUGGUAUGAGAACGAGAUAAAAGGCAGAAACUGGCAAUGCGAUAAUAUUCUUGAUGGCACUGGCGUGAACACCUUAAAUGCAAUUCGAGCAUUAAAUAAUGGAGGUUUAACAGGUAUUAAUGCAAAUCAGUUUCUCGGGGAAGCAUUAGUUGUAAGAAAUAAUGCUGGAGGUGACAAUACAAUAACUGGUGCUAAUAUUAUUCCAGUAGGUACAUGGGAUGAAGAUUGGAGUAUAGCUGGAGGACAUCCCGCACCUAUAGGAACUCCAUCUCCAGCCAAUUACGCGAAUGCUGGUGCAGGUAAUUCAAUUGUUGCACCCGAUAUGACUCUUGGGCAAUUUUUAUACUGUCUUGAGUUUCUUUACCCCACAGUUGAAGCGCAAAAGAAUUUGCUUUUCUUUGGUCAGAUUGCACAAGGAGGUAUGUCAAUACUUGAGUACAAUGCUAGAAUAUCAAAACUCGGAAAACUUGCUGGAUUACCAGAAUCAAAAAUGAGAGAGCAGUAUAUUCGGGGAUUAAAUCCUAUGAAUCAAUACAAUGUCCGCAUGAUGGCUAAAUACCAUGAUACUAGAGAUAAUAUUACAAAAGCAUUAGUUGAAGCGGAAAAAUUUUCACUACUGCAAGGCAACUUUCCAUUCCCGCCUUCUGGAGGUCAAGUGCCUAAUCCCUAUGAAAAAAGUAGCAAUACUGGUAUGACCAAAGAUGAAAUAGAAAACUUCGUAAAAUCUAUCAUGGCAUUCACACAAUCUCAACCUGUCUCACAAACUAUCUCUUCUAAACCUCAGGAGAACCAGAUCACGCUUUCACAGAAAGAUUUCAAAAAAAUUUUAACGGGUUUGAAGGAAACUAUGUCUAAAGGACGGCAAACUUUGAAGAAACCUCCUGGUCCAGGGAAACAAAAAGCGGAUGAUCUUGCUAUAAACCGUUUUUUAGAUAGUUUAACAGAUGAUACAGGUUUACCUGAAGAGGCAUAUAACCAUAAUCCGGUUGAAGAUUUGAGAUUACAGUUUGAGGAAAUGGAAAUUAACCAAGCAAAAUUAAUAAAUGCAGUUAAAAAUUUAUACAAAUGUUCAAAGUGUGGUAAACCAGGUCAUAAUUCUCGCAACUGCCCUAAAAAUAAAAAGAAGAGCAAGUCUAGACGUUCUAACAAAAGCAAGUCUAAAAAGAAAGGCAAGCAAGGUAAAAAAAAAGUAAAGAAAUCUGGCUCACGAAGUAAGGAUGCUUAUGCAUCUAAAUUAUCCUCAAAAAAGAAGUCUAGUUCAAAGAAACGUACUUCACAAAAGAAAUCAAGUACGAUUAUCGACUCACAGAUCCGAAAAAUUAUUCUAGCCAUGUUUAACGAUCCAGAGGUUAUAGAAACGAUUAAAAACAAUAUUAAUAACACGAAUUUAUCUGUUACAAGACCUGAUUUUACGAAUUAUCGAGAUCCAGUCUCAGAAAUACCCGAUUCUGAUGGGGAGGAUGAAACGCUAGGCGAUCCUAUGGAGAUAGAUUUCGUUCAAAAAAAAGAUCCAGCUACGGAUGUCGUAACUACAAAAUGCAAAAUUAAACGAUUAGUAAUUCCGGCGGCCACAGUCGAUCCCGGUGCAAAUUUUCCAAUUAUCACGGAAGAUAUUGUUAAACGUUUAAAACUUAUAAUCGAUACAAAAGAAAAACACGAUCUUAGUGGAAUUGCUACAUCACCUAUUGAAUCCAUUGGAAUUGUCCGUAAUGUUCCAGUAACUUUCACCCCAGGCUGUACUAUACAUUCUGAUUUUGCUGUUGUUAAACAUCACAAGCCGAUGCUAAUUCUACCAAACACACUUCUCGACAAAUAUGAUUAUGAUUUGCUCGCGUCGAAACGAGAAUUAAAACUCGUAUGUAAUGGUAAAGAGUAUUUUAUUCCGAUAAACAUGCACAAAGUCAAGAAUAAACUUGAAGUAAAUUGUGUUACCGCAUCACAGGAUGAUAGGGACGGAGUCACAUUGCUUUGCAAUAAGCCUUUGAUAUCCGAUCAAAUUUCACAGGAUACCAAUAGUAAUGAGAGUGAGGAUAAUGAACCAUUGGAGAAAUGGCAUGCUCCUGCAGAUUCUGAAAAUUCGACUUUAAAAAAAAAUGCGUGA